GGUGAGAGAGUAUCACUUUUCGGCUUGAUCUGGUUCAAUUCCGUGGAAACCAUUCUGAUCUGUCGACUUGAUUCAGAAAAUCAGAUAGACCAAUUUUUUUUUUGAAUAACUUUAUAAUAAUAUUUAUCCAACUAUUUUAUAGAAUAUAAUUUUAAAAAUAUUCUAACGUUUCUCUCUAAUUUAUGACGGAUGUAAGAGUUUAUUUGGCGUACUUGGUUUAUUUGAUUUGAGGAUAUAUAAACCAAUUUAUCUAUACAGUUCCUUAAUUGAUUCGGUAUUUGUUCGGUUUGUUUUGUAUGUUUUGCUUCAAAUUUCCUCCUGUACCAAAUAAGCUGAUAAAAAUUAACAAUAAGAGUAGUAAUCAUCCUCUCCACCAAUAAACAACUAUAAUCAUCACAAAAAGCUUCUUAAGAACCCUCGACCACUUCUCUUCUCUUCUGAACAUAGAAACCAAACACACACACAAAAUCACAAACAGAAAGAUAAAAGAAAAAAUGAGCACAGCAAGAUUCAUCAAGUGUGUGACUGUCGGAGAUGGAGCCGUGGGGAAGACUUGUAUGUUAAUUUCAUAUACCAGCAAUACUUUUCCUACGGAUUAUGUUCCGACAGUUUUCGACAAUUUCAGUGCGAACGUGGUGGUCGAUGGAAGUACGGUCAACCUCGGCCUCUGGGAUACUGCCGGGCAGGAGGAUUAUAACAGGCUUCGGCCUUUGAGUUACAGAGGAGCAGAUGUAUUUUUAUUGGCAUUUUCCCUAAUUAGCAAAGCCAGUUACGAGAAUAUUUACAAAAAGUGGCUGCCGGAGCUGAAACAUUAUGCGCCUACCAUCCCCAUUGUGCUCGUCGGAACCAAAUUAGACUUGAGGGAUGACAAGCAGUUCUUGAAAGAUCAUCCAGGAGCAGCUUCUAUAACAACUGCUCAGGGAGAAGAACUAAGAAAGAUGAUUGGAGCCGUCAGGUACUUAGAAUGCAGCUCCAAAACCCAACAGAAUGUGAAGUCAGUGUUUGAUACAGCGAUCCGGGUAGCUUUGAGGCCACCAAAGGCAAAGAAGAAGAUAAAGCCCUUAAAGACCAAGAGAUCAAGAACAUGCUUUUUCCUCUAAUAUUUCCGAAUUUAAAUAAUACAAGUAUUUCGUUUUUUUUUUGUUUUUUUGUAAUGACAAAAGGGAUUUAUUCGUCAUAAACAAUUUCAUGCCACCAGAGGCUGUUUCACGCUGAGAAAUAAUGGAUCACAUGACACAGGUUAAUUAUAUAUAUAUAUGUCAGUGUUUUUCCAUUCA